UUUGGUGGUGAUAUAGUAGCUAUCAAACAGUUGCAUCCACAUCCGUACGUCGGCAUUGGGAUUUGAGAGAGAGGCCGGCGGCAAUGGCGCGGACGACGCUCCUCCUCGCCGCACCACCACCACCUGCUCUACCACACGUACUGCUCCUCCUCCUCCUCCUCCUCCUGGGCACGGCCGCCGCCGACACCACCUCCACCACCAGCAGCACGGCCGCCGACACCACCUCCACCACCACCAGCACGGCCGCCGACACCACCUCCACCACCACCAGCAGCAGCGAACCGACGAGCGACCAACAACAGCAGCAGGCAUCGUCGCCAUCAUCAUCGUCUCCAGCAACACCAUCAUCGUCAUCAUCGUCCUAUCUAGCAGGAGCAGGAGCAGCAGCAACACCAGCAUCGUCUCCAGCAGGAGCAGGAGCAGGAGCAGCAGCAACACCAUCAUCGUCUCCAGCAGGAGCAGAAGCAGGAGCAGGACCAACAUCGUCUCCAGCAGGAGCAGGAGCACCACCACCCCCGCCGGGGGCGGGGUUCUACAAGGGCAUGUCCCGCGAGUUUGUGAACGAGCACAACAAGGUGCGCGCCAAGUACGACGCGCCGACGCUGGCGUGGGACAAGACGCUGGCCCUGUACGCGCGGCGGUGGGCGGCGCAGAUACAGCAGGACUGCGACCAGGCCCGGCACUCGCCGCAGGCCCAUCCGCUGGGCUACGGCGAGUGCUUCUUCGUGGGCAACAACGGCACCGCGGAGGACGCGCUGUGCAGCUGGGAGAGGGAGGAGUACAUCUACGAGAAGGGCACCAAGCACUGCACCUCCGGCCACGACUUCCGCGACUGCGGCCACUUUGUCAUCAUGAUCGAGAAGACGUACCACUUCGUCGGCUGCGGCCGCGCCCCCUGCCUUAGCGGCCCCCGCCAGGGCCAGUUCUUCAUCUCCUGCAACUACAGCGCCGUUAGGCCCAACGCCACCACCGCUGGCGCCUCCAACCCCUCCUGAACCACCACCGGAGCCGGAGCCGGAGCACCAUCAUCCACCUUUUUUUACCUAUACCUACCUAUCUAUCUAUCGACUAGAUAUAUCUGCUCACAUGCAAUGCAAUGCAAUGCAAGCAAAUGUGUAUCAUCUACACACAUACAUAGUGUAUAUUUACUACGGAGUACCUGUGUAAAAAAUUGAUUUCAAUUUCCUUUCGACGAUUUCUCUUCUCUGCUGUCAACUAAAUGGAUCAUCAUAAUAUCAAUGUAGCUUCCAACAUCAAUUGCCUACUUCA